CCGGGGCAGCCAGGGGUCAACCGGAAGGUGCACCGUCUUUUUUCGCCCGUUGCUGUUUGGCGAUAGUUGGAUAUGUAAAAUGUACAUAUUGUCAUGUUUUAGACUUUAUAUUUAGUGUUUGGCAAGAUUAGGUCAACAUUGAAGGCCCUGAUGAUGCAUUGCUCUUACAUGUUCAGACCACAAAGCGGAAGGAGCUCCUUCUAAAUUUUAACAAGUCUUGUAACUUAGCUAAAGAGUGUUUCCUAGCUAACUAAAUUGAUAAUAUUUUUAUAAGCUGUUAAAAACCAUGGCAGCGGAUGAAACACCUUGCUCAGUGUUCAUGGACUGGGAACUUGAUGCUUCGACAUCUAAUGAACUAAAACAGGAGAAACAACUUUCUGCCUCACAAAGAAGGUACUACAGCUUCUGCAGGAGGAAGUCAUUUGCUACCUUUGUGGCGUCCAAGAGGGACGGCAGUCAGGAGGAAGGAAGCAUAUCGUGGUGCUGCUGUGGCCAGACCUUCAAGGAACACUCUGCCAUUCACAAACAUGUGGCCAGGACUCAUCAUACGGAAAUACAGCAGCUCACACAGGCCACAUAUGAGCAUUUGUUAAGCCAGCUGGAAGAAGAACCUGAAACACAGCAACCGAACGAGUGUGAGGUCGAGCCGGUGGACAUUUCUGCAUGGAUACCUGGAACUGGUCACAUCUCUGAGAAGCAACUUCAAAAGGGUCCAGGCAAGGUUCUCCUCUAUUAUCACUACUGCCAAGUGGAGGAUCCACAUGUCAUCUGUGCUUGGCAGAAAGCUUUGUGCGAGAAGCUCCACUUAACUGGCAAGGUGAGGGUGGCGACUGAAGGCAUCAAUGGAACAGUUGGUGGCACCAACAUGGCCACUGACAUUUACAUCGACGCAAUGCGUUCACACCCACUCUUCAAGAUGGAUAAGGAGGAUUUUAAGACAAGUGAUGGCGGCGCAGAGUGUUUUACAGACCUGAGGGUUGGGAUCUAUAAGGAAAUCGUCCCAAUGGGAGUGGAUCCUGAUGUUAUUUCCUACCAACUGGCUGGAGUUCAUUUGGAGCCGGAGGAGUUUCAUAAAGAAGUGGAGACUCUUUUGGCUAAAGGGGAUUUGUGUAAUGACACCAUCCUCCUAGACUGCCGCAAUUUUUAUGAGAGUAAAAUUGGGCAGUUUACUCGGUGUCUGGCCCCAAACAUCCGUAAGUUCAGCUACUUCCCGGACUACGUUGACCAGAACCUCGAACUGUUCAGAGACAAGAAGGUCUUGAUGUACUGCACAGGAGGGAUCCGCUGUGAGCGCGGCUCUGCCUACCUCCGCUCGAAAGAUGUGUGUAAAGAGGUUUACCAGCUGAAAGGUGGAAUCCACAAGUACAUGGAGCGUUUCCCAGAAGGUUUCUAUCGAGGGAAACUUUUUGUGUUUGAUGAGCGCUACGCCAUCUCCUCCAACAACGACGUCAUCUCAGACUGCAGGUACUGCCGCUGUCCCUGGGACCAGUACGAGCUCUGUUCCACCCAGUUCUGCUGUCAGCUGGUUCUGUCCUGUCCCGGCUGCAGACAGGACGGACACACUGCCUGCUGCCCCACCUGCCAAACCAAAGGACAGGCUCAGAGCGAGGCAUCCCCCACUGUUCCGCAUCACAAAGAGGAGUGCGAGUGCACUGGUGGACGUCCCAGAAUCCCUCAGGAUGUGUAGCGAUAGAGAAGUUAUGAUUGGACAUCAGUGCUUGCAACCACAUGAAAAAUGCUGCCUGUCCUGGGAUUAAAUCAGACUGUACAACUAGAAUUAGUGGAAGAUGCCUAGUAUAUUUUAAAGUCAUGAAUUUUUUUAUAUGAAUGUUGGAAAUUAAGUCAGAUUUACUGUAUCUAAGGGGUUUAAUUCUUCAUCCGUGAAUCUGAUAUUAGAAGAUAAAAAUCGUUCAUUCAUCUUUUAUUGAGGAAAAUGUACGAAUACAGCUGCAGAAUCCACAAGUUUUAUUACAUGAAUUUUGUGAAACUUGAAUGCCUCAUCAGUAAUGAAAGCUCAGUUCCAGGAGGUAUGAAAUUCUUAUUUUGUGUGUGUGUGUGUGUGCGUGCGCUUGUUUGUGUAAAACUGGGAUUUUAUCUUUUUUUAAAUCAGUGCUUUGACAAUAAUUUAUGUUAAUUACAUGUUUUUGUUUGUCCCAAAUGGUCAUGGUUUCACAGACUAUUUUAAAUUUAUGCUGCAUAAAAAAGGGUAGAUACACAUUUACAGCCAUGUAAAUCUUUGGCCAAAGCAGGUUACUUAGACUGCAGGUGUCACCUAAACUCUUUAAAACCACAAGCAGCAACACAUCUGUGUGCCUUACUUGGGAUGACAUAUUUUUUGAUAUAUAUGAGUAUAAACACGUAUCAGUAUGAAACCACACAAAUGCAUGCUACAAGUUAUGUCAGUUGUAGAGUUAAAUCUUAAUUUCAGCAGGUCUCCGCAUUAGGGAUUUUAAUCGCUGAGCCUUCAUGAAAUAAAGAUACAGUUGCAUCAUUUUA